CAGCGCGAGCGACGUCGUGGCAAGCGUCGCUUUUCGGCGGCGUCUUUUUAGUGAUUCUGUGUGACAGUGCGUGCGUUGGAGAGAGCGCGAUACCGCGGAACUGCGCCGGUGUUUUUGUGUUUAUUUCGUGGUCGCCCAGGGAUUUUUGGAUUAACACGUCAGAUUAUUUUUCACCUUUGGAUAUUAUUAAAACCAUCAAAUAAUCGAUUAACGACUGCAGUCAAAGAUUCAAGAGAUGACUUCAUCCGACUGCACUUCAAAGGGUUUUAAUGAAGCAGAAGUGACAUAGGGCCUCGAGCGGCGUUACAAUGUUCGUUAAACUCAACUGGAUAAUUAUUUUUCUGAUCCUUCUUAUAAAUUUAAUAGCAGCGUGUCCGCCGUCGUGUCUAUGCAAAUGGAAAAACGGAAAGGAGACGGUCGAAUGUCUUAACAAAGAAUUUUUAAUUAUACCUGAGGGCAUGCCGACUGCCACUCAAGUGCUCGAAUUCUCGGGCAACAAUCUGCAAAUACUUCAAGAGCAAAAGUUUCACAAGCUGGAUUUGUUGAACUUGCAGCGAAUUUACUUGGCGCGCUGCAGGAUAAGCAGCAUUGAGAGCCGGCCGUUCCGAGGCCUGUCCAAUCUCGUCGAACUAGAUCUUGGCAGUAAUUCGAUAGACGCGGUUCCCACGGAAUCAUUUCUCGAUUGCCCGUCGCUGAUGAAAUUAACUCUCAGCCAUAAUCCGGUGAAGGCGCUCGGCAAAGCCGCGUUUAAUCAUCUGUCCUUUUUAACCACUCUUGAGCUCAACAAUUGCGAAAUAUCGGAGGUGGACAGGAACGCUUUUCAAGGUCUGCUGGCGCUCGAGUGGCUCAACAUGCAAGGAAACAAGUUGAAGUAUCUGAACGCCGCUCUGUCUCUCCUCGACAGCUUAAAAGGGGCCCAACUGCACGAAAACCCCUGGUAUUGCGAUUGCCAUUUAAUAAAGCUGCACGAUUGGCUGACUAGCUUUAAACAUCCGCAGUCGGUGGAGCCGAUUUGCACCGGACCACCCAAGCUCAAGAAUAAAGUGAUUAAAGCGGUGCCAACUCCCGAUUUGGCCUGCUUGCCGGAUGUUACUCCCACAACGUUCUUUCUGGAAAUCGAGGAGGGCAAAAACAUUUCCCUAUUGUGUCAAGUGGGUGCCAUACCCGAAGCGAAAAUAUCGUGGAUUUACCAAGGUCAACUCAUACAAAACGACUCAACCUUGGAGCCCGGCGUGCAUUUGACGUUUUUCGUUGAACAAGGCACUUUGGAGAAAAAAAGCGAGCUCUUUAUAUACAAUGCCAAUAGUGAGGAUAACGGGACUUUCGUGUGUGCUGCGGAGAAUUCUGCCGGCGUUUCGCAGGCCAACUUCACGAUCCGCGUGGUCAUCAAGCAAGAGCCUGUGGUCGCACAAAGCAACGAAAUACCAUUUGAGUUCAUGAUAGUAGUUAUAGCGGCCGCGGGAUUAUCUUUGCUGCUGUUAGUUUUGGUUUUAAUAUUAUCGGUUGUUAAGUGCCAGAGGAAUAACAGGUUGAGGAAGGAGAGGGAGAACUCUAAGGCGGCUGUACGAAACACCACGAAAGACAAUCUACUGCAGGAUAGCACCGACGAAUCUGAUCCAGCGAAGGAUAAUUGUAAUUUAAAGUUAGUAAACGCGCAGGAGGAUUUGAUGUUGUACAACGUGCAUUGCCUGGAUGAGGAGAUGAUUGCCAUGCCGCCUACUCAGCUACACGUAGAGAACAUUCCGUUCUGUCAGGAUCAAAACCCUGACAUUAUUAACGGAACUGAGUAUAUAAUUCAACACGAGAUGGUGGAAAAGAAUUGUAUAGUUUCUAAGAAGUGCACAUUGCCGACCAUAAACGAGUAUAAAGCAUCGGAGAGUGCGUUUAUUCUGCCGUCAGACGUGCGAUUGAACCCAAUGGGACUCAUCCAAUCAAGUGAGGUGCGGGCGCAGAAAUUCCCCGGCAACUGUUACAAGACACUUCCGUACAACAGGGUAAACAAGCGGCAGAGCGCCGCGAAUCCGACUGGGCGCUUCUCGCACGAGGCGGAGUUUCUCAGCCGUAGCGCCCAGUGCGCCUACGAGAACUACGAGAACGACGUGCGGUAUACGGCGGACGGGUACCCGGUUAGGACUAUCGAGAACUACGCGUACUCGCCGCCCGGUUCGCACAAAUCCGUGAGCUCCAGCAACAGCGAGCCGUGUUGCUCGACGAAAGUGCAGUGGCCGGCAUGCGUUCCCGCCAAGCUGAAGGAAAACAAUGUGAUAAAGAAAAGUGUCGGCGCUCAGACCCAAACCGAGUGUGUUUCGCCCAAACUUACAGGCAGUGCGGUUAAUGUCAAGAAAAUUGUGGAAUCCUUGGAAGAGAAGUGCGUCGACGGAGACAGGUUGUAAGGAUUUACGAACGUUAAGUUUAAAACGUAGUAGAAACUUUUUGUUAUGAAAGGAGAUUCUCACAGUUCGUUUAAAAAGUAAUAUUGCAAACAAUUUAGAUUUCCAACUUUUACAACUUUUAAUUUAACUUUCUUCAUCAAUUUUUUUUUGAAAUUUUUAUUCAUUUGUAUUAUUUUGGAUCAGACUUGUUCAUGCGGUAAUAAAUUACAAUCCUGCUAUACAAUAUACAUUCUACAUUGAUUUUGUUACCUAGAUUUACCUACAUAUCGAUGACUUUGCGCCAAAGUAUCGCAAGCAACAUAACUCAAAUUUCUGUUUUAAACCAUAUACAGUGUGUAUUAAAACGAAUAGAUACACUUAAAUAAAACAAGUGCCAAACCCCGCCCACUGUGGUAGGGAUUGAAGGUAUUUUCG